AUGCGCAAGCCGUCACUUGCCCAGGCUGUGUAUAACGCAACGUUCCCUCACUCGCGCCCGGGCGAUCCAGGGACCUUUGCCGCUCACAUCACCCGCCAUCUUGUCCCUGAGGUUCGCAUCGAGACCAGCGUCUUUUACGGUCCUCCUGACUGCAUCGAAUCCCAGUACCCCGGACUCGACUAUUCUUAUGGCCCUCAUCGCCUACGACUGGGACGCUUCACUUGGCAUCGACGGCUAUUCAGGGUGUUCGACGCGCUCAAGCUGACCGAGCACGAGAUCUCGGAGCUGUGUUGCUGGGAGGGUACCAAGUCGGCUCGUCGGCGCUACGAAAUAGAGGAAGGAAUCACAGUGCGGGAUACGACCGGCCAGGACGUUCAGCCUGCGGCACCAACCCCCCCACCCACUAUCCAGACACACACAGGGGUAGAACUCCAGCCAGAGGACGAUCAAGAUCUGAACAUGGAUGCCCGGAGCGAUGACACUGUUCGUGCGAGCGAGUCUCGUAGCUCCAGUAUCGCUUCCGACUACCGCCAGCAUGAGUUCGAAGACGAAUUCAGUGACGAAGAGGUCGAGAGCUGUGGCGUGGAACUGAACAACCGCCUGCGCGCUGCAAUGGUCGCACGCGACCAGGGCGAUGAUGUGCCGCUUGACGAGGACUGGGAACAGUGGUUCAAGGAGGCUGGCGAGCGAGAUGGAGGCUACACCGAGGUUAUGCACGCCAUUCGUUCAAAUCAACCACUGAACAUCUUCCCUGAACCUCCAACCGCGAACCUUCGACAUGGCGACCGAGGCGUACGAGGCCUUUCAGCCACCACACUAGCUGCAGAAGAAUGGCUGCUCGCAAACCCUAGCCCACGCCUUACCUCCAGACCCGUUCUUCCAUGA